AUGUCCAGAGAUCGGGACGGCACGGCGGACGCGCCGACCAUCCAAGAAAAGCUGCCUGAUCCUCAACGGGCGCCGCUGCGGCUCAGCGAGUUCGACCUGCAAGACAAGGUCUUUGUCGUCACCGGUGGCGGCCGUGGACUUGGCUUGACUUUGGCCGAGGCACUGGUCGAGGCUGGCGCCAAAGUGUACUGUCUGGACCGGCUCCCGGAGCCUGACGACGAGUUCCGUGACGUUCAAACCCGGCUGGGACCCAAAUACGGCGGCGAACUGCUCUACGACCGAAUCGACGUGCGGCAGGCCGACGACGUGGACCGCGUGGUGGCCCGCAUUGCCCAACGACAUGGCCGCAUGGACGGCUGCGUCACCGCCGCCGCGGUGCAGAACGUCACGCCCGCGCUCGACUAUCCGGCCGACAAGAUCAUGGAGAUGCUGGACAUCAACUACAAGGGCGUCUACUGCACCGCCGUCAGUUGCGCCCGCCAGAUGAUCAAGUACGACUGCGCCGGCUCCAUCUUGCUGGUCGCCAGCAUGAGCGGCCUGGUCGCCAAUCGCCGCCUGACUUCGUCCGUGUACAAUUCGUCAAAGGCCGCUGUGUGUCAGUUGUCCCGAAGCCUGGCCAUGGAAUGGGCGAAGAUCGUCAAUGGUAAACCCAUUCGAGUUAAUGCAUUGUGUCCUGGCAACAUCAUCACGCCUAUGGUGUUGAAGAAUUUCGAAGACGACCCGAAACUGAAAGCAGCAUGGGAGCAGGGGAAUAUGCUCGGCCGUCUAUCCCACCCGCACGAAUAUCGAGGAGCCGCUCUAUUUGCUCUGAGUGACGCGAGCUCUUUCAUGACUGGGUCACAGCUCGUCAUCGAUGGCGGUUACACCGCAUGGUAA